AUGUAUGGAGAUGUGAUCGAUCGAUGCCAUGAGAAGCCCUUUCCUAUCCCAGAGAUUAUGGGUUUGCUGGAGGCAGUAAAAUCAUGUAUUCUGGUUGGGCCAGAAGCCUCUUUCCGAACAUAUGCUUGUCGAGCUCUUCAUAUCAUUGAACGUGCUUUGCCCGCCAGUCUAGUAUUCGCGCAAAGUAUUGUGAUGAAGAGUUCAGAGUCGACAAAGUCAAUCUACAGCCUUGCGAUUUGGCACUCCUGCUCUGUUCGUUGUUGUCGGCUAAGAAUCGUGGCUCGCAAGGACUUUCUUCUCUUAGGAUUAACGAUGCCUUUCACCACAACCUUUCCUGUUCCGCAGGCCCUGACCCUAGCAAUAUGCUUGCGGUCAAGAACGAACAGCCUAUCGGAGGUUUCGUAG